AUGCUGUGGGGGGUGGGCCUGGCGGCUCCCCGCUCCUGCGUGGCGGACCUGAGCCGCAACCGCAGCCUGGCGCUGGGCUGGGGCGCGGGGCCCGAGGAGCCGCCGCCCGCCUUCUAUGGGGGGGAGGUCGUCGCCUUCCCGCUGGCGGGGGGCGGGGGCGCGAUGGCGGCGCUGGGCCCCGACUCCUGGUGGAAGAAGACGCUGUACCUGACGGGAGGUGCCUUGCUGGCCGCCGCUGCCUACCUGCUCCACGAGCUGCUGGCCAUCCGGAAAGAGGAAGAGCUCGAUUCGAAAGAUGCCAUCAUCCUGCAUCAGUUUUCACGGCCUACCAACGGCGUCCCGAGUUUAUCUCCUUUCUGCCUGAAAAUGGAAACUUACUUGAGGAUGGCUGAUUUGCCCUACCAGAACUAUUUUGAUGGAAAACUUUCCCCUCAAGGGAAAAUGCCUUGGAUUGAAUACAAUCACAAGAAAGUAUCUGGCACUGAGUUCAUUAUUGACUUUUUGGAAGAGAAACUUGGAGUGAAUUUAAAUAAACACCUUGGUCCACAUGAAAGAGCAGUUUCCAGAGCUGUGACAAAGAUGGUGGAGGAGCACUUCUACUGGACUUUAGCUUAUUGCCAGUGGGUGGAAAAUCUUCAUGAGACGCAGAAGAUGGUUUCACUUUUUGGCCCCUUCAGCGACUUGCUGAAGUGGAUCCUCUGCCACCUGACCAAAGGGAUCGUGAAGCGGGAGAUGUACGGCCACGGCAUCGGUCGCUUCUCGGAGGAGGAGAUGUACACACUGAUGGAGAAGGACAUGAGGACUCUAGCAGGCCUCCUGGGUGACAAGAAGUACAUUAUGGGACCCCAUGUUUCCACCGUGGAUGCCACUGUCUUUGGACAUCUGGCACAGGCAAUGUGGACACUCCCAGGGACUCGGCCAGAGAGGCUAAUCAAAGGUGAACUGAUUAACCUUGCUAUGUAUUGUGAGAGAAUAAGGAGGAAAUUUUGGCCAGAAUGGCACCAUGAUGAUGAUAACACUCUGUAUGAAUCUGAGGAAAGCAGCGAAGCAAGCAAGACUUACUCUCCUUUGCAGGACUUCAGUUUUUAUUCAAGGACAGAAACAUUUGAUGAGGAAGGGAACAGUAUUUCUCAGACCCCUGACACAGAUUACACUGGACACUCCCUCUUUGAUUCGGAUGUGGACAUGGAUGACUACAGAGAUCAUGAACAGUGCAAGUGAUGGGUGCAAGCAUCUUCCAUUUUGGAGACAAGCUGCUUCAUGGGAUCAGUGCAGUUUCUUUUCUCCUCCAGAUCAGGAAGAGAUCACUUUGAAAGUGAACAUUGUGCUUGACUCAGCUGCCAUACUCUGCCUGGACUAUUUCAACCUUCUUUCAUUUUGUGUAACUGUUCAGGUGGAACCAUGGAAAGCAGUUACUUAAAACACAUAUGGACAGACUAGAGGUUUAGAGGGCAACAGGACCUUUCAAUCUACGUUUUUGUUUGUGUUCAAAACCAGAUCCCACAGCUGGUUCAGACAGACCUCUGGGAAGUGGAGCAUUUGCCAGAGCUCGUUUGAGUUGAUAUCUUGUCUUUACAGGAAUGGGUAGAAGACAGAAAUGCAAGAGGCAUGACUGACACACCUUUCUCCCAUGGAAGAAAAUAACUGAUGCUUUGUUGGGGGGGAUUUUAUUUCAUAGUGACCCACACUCUGGGUGCACAUAUUAUAGUGUCUGCAAGAAAAGACUGCUCUGAGUUUUUUUUGAGACAGUCAAGGAGAGGCAGGAGGAAAACAAAUUCCUACUGAAGAAGCUUUGUAGUGUUUCUUGUUCUUUGCAGAAGAUAGAAAUCACUAUUGUAGAAUAUUUUCAUUUAAGAGGGGAAUGUCAGUUUUAAUGUAUAAUCUCCCAAACACUUAAUCUGGAAUGUGUGUUGGCCAAAGCCUGCCUCAGGCAUCUAAGUUUCUUCUGUGUUUUCAAAUUAUUAUGAUGUUUUACUUCCUGCCACUGGCUGCUGUCUGCUAUUCUGAGGCAAGGAUAAAGAAUCAGGAUAUUGUUACUGAAGUCUGGUGUGUCUCUCAGCAGUGGAUGCUUUGUGCUCUUUACCAGCUGACACCUCAAGCCCAUGAAUCAUGCAAAGUGAUCUGGGGUAUUUCUAGGCGUGGGAUGCUGAGUAAAUGCAAGAUGUUGGGCCAGGCAAUCAAAUGGAGCAUUGACUCCAUCUCUAGGAAGUUACUUCAGUGGGUGCUGGGCACUGUGCUGAUUUACAGUGCACAGUCCCUACAGUCAGUGCAUGGGAGGUGGUUGAGAUAGGACAGCUGUGUCAGCACCACCAUCUGUGGGGAUUCCAGGUGCUGAAAGACUGACCAGAAUGGAUUUUAAAGCACCUUUGCUAGUACAUCUGUGGAUCUGGAACUCCAAAUCCAGCAUGAUUUCACAGGUGCUGACAUGCUUUCAGUCUGUGUUUCCCUAAAUGCAGGUUAGAGGUGGGAAUGAAUCCAUUGGAUUUACUCACAACUUUGAAGGUAAGCAUGGACAUCAGUGCUGCUUGGCCAUGACUUGUCAGUUUUAAGUAGAGAUAAAGCAUUUAGAACAUAUGGACAGUUGUGAUAUUUGCAAACGUGCAUAUGAAAGGGGGUAUUUGCCUGCAGACUUUGGUGGUGGCAUGUUUAAAAAUAUUUUAAUUAUGGAUUGGAUGAAUCAGGAUCCCUCAGCAAAACCUUUUUAAUGUGUUGGUUGUGUCAAACAUUCUGGGAGCAGACAGGGUAGACAGCUGCUUUAGGAUGUUAAUUGUUGGUAAUCCUAAUAGUCUGGAGCUUGAAAGAACUCCAGCCUUCAAGGAAUACCUCUUUUUCUUGGAUCAUGGAGUGUGUUCUCCAGAGGAGAGUGCUUGUCCUGGGGAAACACCGAGCUAGCGGUGACUCUGAAACAGCGACACACACAUCUGCAGUGAGUUCCCAGGUCUGUUUGUGCAUGGGAGCCACGGCAGGGAGAGCUGACCAGUUUGGUGUAAUCUGAGGUGGGUGUGAAUUUACACCUGUUGGCUCAGUUCCCCAGGCAUGUCCUUGGAGCCCCGUUCCAGCUGAUGGUCUGUGAUGUUGUGGGCAAGUAUCAUUUGCAAAUUGAACCAAAACCCAAGUAGGAAGAAGAAAUCAUCCAGUUACUUGGAACUCUUUUCUGGAAACUAAGCACAGGAAUAGGGCACAAGAAAAUAAGUUUUGGUCUUGAGACCACAGGCCUGAAAUGCCUGUGAAACUUCAAAGCCAAGUCAGGGCAGAUGCUUCCUGCAAAGAUGCAGUCAUUAGUAGUCUGGAUAAAAGACAUCCACAUCAAAAAGCUCCACUUUAAAAAUGUUUGUGUGUUGGAAAUUCUGAUGGAGGUGUUCUCAUGCAUUUAGCCAUGUGUGUUUGAAGAUUGUGCUUUCUCUGUUCCAGUCUUGGCAGGGUGUCCUUGCAGCAGGUGAGUCCCAGCCAGGAGUCAUAUUUGUCAAGACCAGCCUGAGUUCAUUGGACAGUAUCACCUUUAUAAUUUUGGUGGGCUGACAGGUCAGUCCAUGGCAGCAUCCUUGCAACAUCCCAAAAUGUGGGUUAACCAGAAGUCAGCCGUGUCAUUUUACCCUCCUGUGUGUGUACCCUCCCUGUGUUCCCUACACACGGUGUUGGGCACAGGGGCUGGAGGCACCAGCCUGAUGCACAGCUGGUGCCACACCAUGGACUGGUUUGCCUGCUGGCAUCUGGAGCUGCUGGCAUGGCAGGUAGGGUCAGUGCCACUGCAUAGGGACCUUUGAUGAUCCAAGGGCUGGAGCACCUCUGCUAUGAAGACAGGCUGAGAGAGUUGGGGGGCUGUUCAGCCUGGAAAAGGCUCCAGGGAGAUGUCACAGUGGCCUUCCAGUACCUGAAGGGGCUACAGGAAAGGUGGGAAGAGCCUUUUUACCAGGGAGGGCAAUGAUAGGACAAGGGGUAAUGGUAUUAAUUGAAAGAGGGUAGAUUUUAGGUUAGACAUCAGGAAGAAAUUCUUCACCAUGAAGGCAGUAAGGCACUGGAAUAGGUUGCACAGAGAUGUUGUGGCUGCCCCCUCCCUGGAGGUGUCCAAGGGCAGGUUGGAUGAGGCUUGUGCAGCCUGGUCUGGCAGGAGGUGUCCCUGCUCAUAGCAGGGAGGUUGGAACCUGAUGAUCUUUAAGGUCCCUUCCAACCUUCACCAUUCUGUGAUUCUUUGACCUCUGCUGAGGAGGUUGGUGCCCUGCAGGGACACAGUUAUGUUUGCACCUGGUGUUUGUUGCUUUUGUUUCAAAUAAUCAGUGUGCCUCAGCAGAGGCUGAACCUCAUCCCAACUGGCCAGGUAGUGUGCUUCACCCCUGGGGAGGGUGAAGAAAGAGGGAAUCAGAAGGGGCUGCAGAAGGGGAAGCAGCUUCUUGCUGUCAGAGAUGGUUUUGUAGGGUGUGAGGUGAAUGAGUUUUGCAGCUCAUCCCAUGCCUUCCCUUCCUGAUGAACUACUCAGGUUACUUCAGAGUAGAAGUUAGUUGGGAGCAGUUAGUUUUCUCCUCAUGACAGCUACUCUAGAUGGAGUUUGGGUUUCUGUGCUUGGCCGUGUUUCAGAUGAGAGGUGAAAUUAGGAAACAGUUUCUCUUUACGAGUUCAUAGGUGUAGUAUUUUGUCCGGGUUUGGUGGGAAAUCCCAUUCAGAAACAAAUACUGAGUCUUAGGCCUGUUUGAGAGGAUUUAAUGCAAGUUUUUUUCUUUUGGAAGCUUAUCUUAGCACAAUGUUCCUGGGGGAAAAAAGAAUGCUUAAAGAAAAUAAUUGUUUUUUAACAUCUAUGAAAAAGUGAUGGCUCAUUUUGGAUUGCAUGGGGAAAGAGAAGACAGAGUUUUCUUCAAUAAAAACAGAAGUGAUUUUUUGUCUUUCCAAAAUUCUGCUAGAAUAGCAGUAUUUUCUUAGUCCUGCAGUGUUCUGGUUUUGUUUCCUUCAGUUAUCUUUAUUUUUUAUCUUGGUGCUGAUGGGCUAUGCAGAACCAAAACCAGUCAGAGAGCAUCUUUGUUUCCUGUGGUUUCUUUUUUCCUCACUGAUGAGGACUCCAAGCAAAUCUGUCGUAGGGAUUCCAGAGGUCCUGGCCAUGCUGCUGGUGGGGGCUGGGGACAUCAGGUGUCUCUGCAGCAGUGAAGCCCAGGACAGAUGUGGGGUGCUGACUGCCCAGUGGGUGAGCUGGGACGGCCACUUCAAGCUGGAGCUGGAGGAGGAAGGAGGCCGUGAUGUUGGUUCUGAGGUGACACUGACCACACAAGGCUUUUUUUCCCAGCUGGGGGUCCCACCCCUGCAGCCAGACACUCCCUGCAGGUGAUGUCAGGAAAGCUUCAAGGACUGUUGUCCCAGAAGUCAGAUGUCUGAGGUCCCUGAGAGCAUCACAGCCAAUCCUGUCUGUGGUCCCAGCUGUCGCCCCAAGCUGCGACGCUGGUUUCAGGUAGACCAUGUUAUGUGGUCCUGGCAGGAGGAAAGCUAGUUUGGGGCUCCUAUGUGCUGUCUGUUCUCUCCUAAAAUAGGGCAGGGGGCCCUUGGGUAGUCCAAGGGAGGAGGCAGCACAUGGGAGAGGAGAAAGGGGGAUGCAAAGAGGGUUCUGAGUGAUGGGUCACCCCAGGAUGACAUGAGCUGAACCUGCAGCCUGGCCACAGCUGUUCCAGCAGCCAGGCAGGAGCCCUGCCCUCCUCACAGCCUGGAGCAUGACCCCACAUCUUGAGGAGACAGUGUGGUUCCUCCUGGUUACUUUGCCUUCAAUACCACCAAAGGCUGAGUAGUGCCUUUGUUUCAGUCGUCCUGCUUUAAGAGAAGGGAUAAUUGGUCUGCUCCUCGUUUGGCAAAUGGAAGUUUAAAAAGCAAGCAUUUCCAAUAGCUGGAUUUGAAGCAGUCUGUUUUUUUCAUGUGAAUUGCAGUGUUUGACUGUGUAAGGCUCUGUCAUGUCAGAGGGGAUUUGUUUACCCCUGUUGGACUCAUUGGCUCUGUCAGCAGAGCUCACUGUUACCGAGUGGAGGAAGCAGAUGCUGGGAUGUAUAGGUCCUACAGAAAUCCUACAAAUGUGGUGCUUGAUUUAAAAACCAAACCCAACCCGAUGUUUCAGAUCUGGAGGACUGUUCCCAUCCAAUUAUAACACUGCAAGUCACACGUUUUUAUCCUUAAAACCUUGGCAAUGUCCCUCCAGAUCUGUAUUCUCUUUGAAAAAAUACUGCCUGAAAUAUUUCUGUAGCAACAGUUCAGGCACAAAUUUCCUUUUGUCAGUGAUGUCUGCUCAAGUAAUCAUGACAGUUUCAUACUGUUUUCAUUCAAGGGGCUGUAUCUGUCAGCUACGAAGUCUUACAAAAUACUGCCUGCUGGAAAAAUGUGUUAUGUGCAGAUUUAUGCAGGGCAGCUCACCAAGUGGAAUUUCUGUGACAGGGGAUGAAUUCAAUUGGGUCCUGUCCUUAGAUGUUUCAAUAAGAAUUUCAGUCUGUUUUCUGACAAGCAGCUCUUUAGCCUAGCCCCUCCCCCACCCCCAAAUACUGCAAAAUUACAAAUUAGGCAUGUGAUUGGAAUAAAGCAAAUUAUGCUCUCUUAAGUGCUGAUUUACAUUGGGCGGCCUGGUAGCUGGCAGAUGGACAUGGACAUAUAUAGUGUAGGUGUGACCUGUGCCUUAGGUGUCAGUGGUUGUGAUCUGGAGGAGCACACAAGUAGUUGUGUCCAAUUCCAUGGACCUAGAGGACCCUUUGGAUGACCUCAGUGGUUUUCAGCAGUUGGUUAGUGCUGCAGGCAUUCAUGGAUGCUGUGAUGUGGGUGUUCAUUAGGGAUAGGUAGACAGCACAGGGGCUCCUUUCAGUAGCUGUGGUUGGGUGAGGCUGCCAGUGUGCUGCCAUCCCGUGCCUGUCCUGCAGAGUCAUCUGUGUCCUGGGGACAAAGGGCAAGGACAAGGAUCUCUUUGGAUGUGACACCUUAAGAGGGCCUUGCAGCGAGCACAGCUUUGAGCUCAUGGUGAAUGUGGGCUGUCGUGUCCAGCUGGUAGUGGCUGUUCCCCUGUUGAGGGAAGGUGUUCUCUAUCCCCCUCCAACAUGUGGGUCUGUGACGGGGGGGGGGGAGUUAAUUUUCAGGCCAGCAACCCUUGUCUUUAUGUCUUUGCCUUAGUGGAGAGGUGUUGAAGCACUAACUGGCUGUCUCAGCAGUGUUGGGCAGUCCUCCCUUUGAUGGCCGCCAGGGAGGGCUUCUCUUGCCUUCCUUCCCCAUGGAACUACCCUAAGAUGAAGUAUUUCUCAGCAAAUUUUUCUGUAGCUCCCAGAAGAGUUUGGAAUAAAACUGAAAUGUCUGUACAACACAGGAAUCUCAAUCCAUGAAAACGUUCAGUGUGUUGCUGCAGUGCUAAACUGUUAGUGUCAUGCCCUGGUUGCCCCACUUCCAGAUUUUUAAGGCCAGGGGAGAUUGUUAUAGGCAUUUAGUCUGGCUUGUACAUAAAAAGGAUUGUAGGAUUUUGUCUAAUGAUUUCCACAGUCAGUUCAACAAACUAAAGCUGAAAUGGAGCAUAUGCUUCCAAAAGGCAUUUAGCUUCUGCAGAACAAAUAAAAUCCUGCCCCCUUUGAAGUUGCUGACAGAAGUGCCAUUUGCUUCAGCGGGACCAGAGUUUCCAACAGAGCUUCCAAGAGAUCUAGAAUUUACCACUUCUUUUACUUCUCUGCCUAACUAUCCUUGCCUAAAAAUUUGCUUUGGGGCAGCAAGGCAAACAAGAUGUGACCCUUGUUUUUUUAAGUGCUGUAUAACAACAAAAAAAAAGAAGUGCAUUUUCAAGCUUGACUGACUGUGUCGAUACUCUCACUGGGCACUGUUUGUGUCUGUUGUUCCCUCACUUCUUAGUUUCUUCUUAAAAUGAACCUUUCCUCAAAUGUACAGGUUUUUAUUUUUUUUCAAGAUACUUGAGGAAUGCAAGUCUCAAAGUUGUAAUCAUUGGGAUGUGCAAUCCAGGAAGAGUGAAGUAUGUGUGGAUAGGAAUAGGGGGAGGGAUAUAUCCAGUUAGGUGGUGUGUACAAGGUUUAACUGAAGGAACACAUUGCUAAAUGAGGACUUUAAUGCUGUAGCUGCAUUGUUGUUUGUCUAUGAACUUACAUGAGACAUACAUUAUUUUAGCACUGUUAUAACUACUAGUUUAUAAAGCCAUAUUUAAAAUUGUACACUUAAUUGUAACAUAACUUUAAAUUGUGCACUGUGUUGAUCCAUGUGUGUAUAUAUAUGAAGAUCUGUAUAUUUUGUCUUUAUGCCAUAUGUCAUUGGUGUGUAAAUUAUAAC